GCAAUCCCUCGGCACUGAAUCGAAUCAGUCUUACAAAUUGUCCGGUGUCCGGCCGCUUUUCGGUGUGCCGAUGUUGUUGUACAGCUUGGUGACUGUGUAACAUUUCUGUCCAGUUAGUUAUCUUGUGGCCUGAGAGACACCAAGGAAAAGAAUAAGAGAUGGCAUGCUCCGGACCUUUGUGAUCUUGUCUUGGAUCUGUUCUCGAAGCAAUGGCACUCUUUAGAACCAGGGAGACAUCUCUUAAUUUUCUUAGGCAGCAGUCAGUUGCCGCAGUUGCUACUUCCUCAAGAGGGAAACGUGGAUGAGGCACAUGCACUGACAGCGGCUGCCCACUUGAAAGCAAGCCACCAUCCGGUCAAUUUGAAGCUUGAAGCCAUUUGGCGCUAAUUAAAUCCAGCUUCUUCUUGCACCAAAUUAUUCAUUGAUAUGGCCGACAUUCCCUCUCUGAACCACUGGUCUUCAUUUCUCUGCUCUCUGGGCGGCCACCUGCUCCCGCUCUCGGAGUUGAGGAUCCUCCUCUUCUGUGUACACGCUCACACAUUACCACGUCAUACUUUAUCUCACCUCAGUAUCUUGCUCGGAGUCUCUCGCAGACACCGGGCGUCCCAAUUUACCGGUCCGGCUGCCAUCUGCAACACACAACACACCUCACCCUGCAUGCUCUUAAGGUCGAAUGCUCCUGUGCAGCACUAAGGCCGUGCGAGCUAGACACUCACUCAUUCAAGUGACUGCAGAUGCAAAAUCGACAGAUCUACUCUCAGCUUCCUGGCCAUGCGGUGCUCUGCAAUCCUGCAAGAUUGAAGAUUUAUCUGUUGAGCCAGCUUCCUAGUCCAUGCUUCAUGGCAACGAGAGGUCCACAGGUCGCAAAGUCGCAACCAACAGAGAUAUUGGCAUUGUUUGCCCCGCCUACUGCGGUGUCUUGAUAUCACACACAUCAGUUUGCUGUCAGCGAGAGCUUCCUUCUGCUACUUUUCUUCUGCUAUCAGUUUGCUCACACUACUCUUCGCCAGCCCAGUCCCCGAAUAAUCUACCAUGGCGACCAGGAAACUCAACAAGAGGACAAGAGUGUCGAUUAUUAUCGCCAUCUCGACCGCUUUCUUCGUGUGUGAGCUUGUUGUCGCCUUCAAAACUAGUAGUUUGGCACUCUACGCUGAUGCCAUUCACUACCUAAAUGAUCUACUCGGCUAUGUGGUGACUCUGGUCGCCAUUGUUGUAUCUGAGCGCAGUGGCUCGCCUCAAGAACUAUCUUUCGGCUGGCAGCGAUCUACGCUGCUUGGCGCCUUUUUCAAUGGAUCCUUUUUGUUCGCUUUAGCGCUCAGUAUUUUAUUCCAGUCCAUCGAGCGCUUUAUAAAGAUGGAGAAAGUCGAAGAACCCAAACUGGUCUUGAUAGUGGGUGGCGUAGGUCUCGCCCUGAACCUCGUCAGCUUUGCCUUUCUACAUGAACACAACCACGGUCACGGUCACGGCCACAGCCAUUCUCACGGACACGGGCAUGGGCAUGGGCAUGGGCAUGGGCAUGAACAUGAACACAGCAAACAAACCGAUGAAGUCCCUCGGGGCGAUCAUCACCACAGACAUGAACUUACUUCACCCUGUAAGAAGGGCGGCGAUGCCGAACUCCUAAAGAAUGCAGGCACCACUACCAGCAGUGCAACAGUUCUCAACUUACCAUCACCGAAAGCAUCAUGUGUCGAUAUUGAGGCCGACGGGACGACAUCGCCAAUAGCUGCUACCGAUUCCCACUCCGAACAUCGGCACAUUGUACACAUCGGCAAGGCGCCAUUAGGAGAUCUCAACAUGCUCGCCGCCAAGUUCCACGUCUUAGGGGAUAUUGCUGGGAAUCUGGGGGUCAUGAUUGCGGCAGCCAUCAUACAAUAUGUUCGCCCCGACACGACGAAUGAAUUCGACCCUAAAUACUACGCCGAUCCAGCCAUCAGCUUGGGCAUCGCAGCUCUCAUCUUCUGCACAGCAAUUCCAAUUUUGAGGGAGUCCGGCACCAUCCUUUUACAAAGUGCACCUGCUGGGGUCAUUCUCAUUCCCGGCGUUCUCGCUGUCCACGAGCUCCACGUCUGGAGACUUAACGAAGAGAAAUCCAUCGCCUCAGCACACGUUGUCGUUUCUGACCCGGAUAUGGCCAAGUUUAUGGACAGGGCAAAGACGAUUAGUGAAUGUCUUCAUGCCUAUGGUAUACACUCGGUCACACUCCAGCCAGAGCUGGUUAGGGCACCGCUUUUACCAACGGGAUGUCAGAUUUCUUGUGGGGGCGGCAUGUGUGAGAAGUUGGCUUGCUGCUCAAUGUCGGUCUCGAGUGAUGGGGGGCAUGAGUGAUAGGGGGAGUACAGGGGUUAUUUAGAGAGAAAGAUGGAUAGAUGGGAUACAGGUAAACCUGGCCGGGCCCAUAUGUUUUCUCAGGAGGCUACAUGCUGGUGGCUUGCGUGUUUUAUCUCAGGUUUUUGGACUUGAGGAGUAAAGUCAACAGAGGGUGGGAAGAAGCGGUGGUUUUGCAUUGUGUUGUAUUGUUAGAUUCGCUGAUCUAUUUCCUGUACUCAUUGAUUGUGAAUGGCAGAAGGAGAGCAAUAGAGAUAGAGGA